AUGGUCGGCUAUAUCCCGCCAUCGCCGACCUUCUUCGGCCAUCGCCGUUCGUCGCUCGCCAUCGCCGGCGGCCAUCCAAAACUACUCUCACAGCCACACAUCGCCGUCGUCAUCCGUAAGUUACUUCUACUCUCGCCAGCGCGCCGUCCUCCAGCUUGUGCCUUUCUUGUUUCAUCUUCGCGUGAGUACGCAUUUACUUCUGCUCUACUUUCUGCUUCUUUCAGAUCUCAUCACAUGGCUGAACUUGAUCAGAAUUUUGAACUUGAACAAGCUCAUGAACUUGAAUACCAACCAAAACAUGAACUUGUGCAUGAACACGAAAAUGAAGUCGUGCUUGAACAAGUACAUGAGCCUGAGCAAGAACCAGUACAUGAGCAUGAGCUCGAACAAGUACAUGAACAUGAGCUUGAACAAGCACAUGAACACGAGCUUGAACUAGUACAUGAACAUGACCGACGGAAUGAGCAAGAAGAUGCAAUACCAGAGAACUCGAAUCCUGAUAAAGAUCAGAACAUUGCUGAUGAGCCAGUUGCAGGAGGUGUUGAAAAAUGGCCUGGAUGGCCUGGAGAGAGUGUUUUCAGGAUGUUGGUGCCUGCACAGAAGGUGGGAAGUAUAAUUGGACGUAAAGGAGAGUAUAUAAAGAAAACAUGCGAAGAGACUAAAGCACGGAUUAAGAUUCUUGAUGGUCCUGCUGGAAUGAGAGAAAGAGCUGUUAUGGUAUCUGCUAGAGAAGAUCCUGAUGCAACGCUUCCUCCAGCUGUGGAUGGUCUUCUUAGGGUUCAUAAACGCAUUUUCGAUGGUCUGGAAAAUGACUCCUCUCAACUUUCAUCAGGUUCAGGAGGAAAGGUCUCAACGAGGCUUCUUGUACCUGCAGCUCAAGCUGGUAAUUUGAUUGGAAAACAAGGCACAACAGUCAAAUCCAUUCAAGAAGAGUCUAACUGCAUUGUUAGGGUUCUUGGAUCAGAAGAGCUACCAGUUUUUGCCCUUCAAGAUGAUAGAGUAGUAGAAGUAGUAGGUGAGCCAUCAAGCAUCCUUAAGGCUAUUGAACUAAUGGCAUCCCAUCUGAGGAAGUUUUUGGUUGAUCGGAGCAUCAUACCAGUAAUUGAAAUGCUAAUGCAAAAGCCCCCUAAUUCACAGCAGAUGGAACACAUGCCGCCACCACUGCCACCACCUCAGCACUGGGGCCCGCCACCUCAACCUUUCCCACAACACGGUCAUCCGGGUCCUGGAUAUGAGCCGAGCCCCCAUUUCAUGCCUCCUCCUAGGCAGUUUGACAACUAUUAUCCUUCAGCUGAAAUCCCGCCUCCUGUGGAAAAACAACCUCAUCAGGGGAUAUCUACUUAUGGAAGAGAGGCUCCAAUGCCGGUGCAUUCAUCGUCCGGUCAGGCAGCUUCUUCGGUGAUCACUCAGGUCACACAACAAAUGCAAAUUCCACUCUCUUAUGCUGAUGCUGUAAUUGGUACACAAGGUUCAAGCAUAAGUUACAUUCGGCGGGUGAGUGGUGCUACAGUCACUGUACAAGAAACAAAAGGAGUUCCUGGGGAGAUGACGGUUGAGAUUAGUGGAACUGCUUCUCAGGUCCAAACUGCUCAGCAGCUGAUUCAGAAUUUCAUGGCUGAAGCUGCUGCAGGUCCGCCUCAGACACAACAUACUCCAUCAGCCGAUUACAACUCUUAUCCUUCUAAUCCUAAUCAUGCGCCCCAAACAGGUGGUUAUACCUCGGUUUACGGAACCAAUUAUGGCUACUAA